CUCACCCUGGAGAACUCAGGCAGCGUAGCGCGGGACCACCUCGCGUCCGAGCGGACGUUCCUCGCCUACGCCCGAACGAGCCUGGCGAUCGCCUCGGCGGGAGUCGCACUCGUACAGCUCUUCACGCUCAGCGCGGAGACAAUUGGCAAGGAGUGGCAGAGGUAUGCGCGGCCGCUGGGGGCUGUAACGAUCGGGCUGGGGAUAUACACCUUGGUCGUCGGCGUGUCGCGGUAUUUCAUCGUCCAGGACGCGCUCAUUCGCGGGGUAUACCCUGUCGCGCGUGUCAGCAUUGUCUUGCUCUCGUUCACGUUGCUGUCGUUCAUCAUUGCUGUUUUC